CGCCCACGCGCUGACAUUUGGGGAGAUAUAUAAACGGCGGCGCGAGGGACGGCGAGGCAGACCGUCGGCGAUCGGGGCGGAACCGCGGACCUUUCUGACUUGAGCAUGCUGAGCGGAAAGGCGCUCCUCCUUUCGGCGGCCAUGUUGGUCACGCUGGCUCGCGGAGACGCGCGUGGCGACGGUCAGGUGACGUGCGAUCAAAGUUCUCCGUCGAGGCGACUCUUCCUCAUGGCUCCGUAUGUCUUUUCUACUCAGACUCCGCAUCCGAACAAGUUCCCGCAGAUGACGAGAGUCCAGACGACGGACAGGGGGCGAGCUUCGGCUCUCCCGCCGCCAAAGCCGAAAUCCUCGCCGCCGCCGGCCCGAGCCUCGCCCCCGACAAUCUGCUUCACUUCGGCGGGCCCGGCGGUGCCAAGAGCCCCGACGGUCCCCAUCGCGGCAAAGGUGCCAAACGUCCCGGAGUUCCCGGAGGUCCGUCUGUCCGUCCUCGGGCCAAAGUCGUGCCGAGGAAUCGAGCGUCCAAAAGGAAAUCCAGAGUGGCUCGCCCCCCCGCGUGAACGGGCGCCCAUCCCGCCGUCGCGACGCAGCACGUGCGGAUCCGUAAUAAAAGAAUCCAACAUUGGCGCUUUUGUCCACGCGUGUCUCUUUGGACGCCUCGGCGCGCAGCGCGGGCGAUCCGCGGACUGCGUUGCGGGCUCAGAAGUCAGCAAAAAGACCAGUCAAGACCAGUCAGACAAAUAAGAGACAAUUGAACACGCGCCGCCUGACGGCAUGACCGAGUCCGAGAUGAAAAACUCUUGGUCUCAAUUCGGCCCCUUAAAAGAAAAAAAACAAAAUGGAAUAAGCACGCCG